AUGGUUGAUCCAAGUCAAGAAGUAUUAAAAGAUGCUAACAGAGUUGAGUUGGUGCACCAAGGUGGAUACUCCGAACUAAAGCCUUCACUUGCAAUAGACGGUGAGUGGCUUUUAGAACAAAUUUUGCCUUCAGAACCCUUUUCUAAAAUAAUGGGUGGUCCUCCUCUAUCAUUACGGUCAACUCUGAAUAAUUAUCUAGGCUCCUUAAUCGCAGAAGGAGUAAUCCCAAUCAUUGUUUUCCAAGUUAGUUAGUUAGUUUUAAAAGGCCAUACGUGGGCGAAACCAGCGGAUCUCAACACCUCAGCUCGUAAGACGACUCCAGGUCGGGUUCUGAUGUGGCCAUACUCCCAGGCCCGACGCAAUCUUGAUUUCUGGUCAAAACCACCUGUCCAAGGGAUCAGCUCCUUUGGACAGAGCCAAUUCUGUCUGAGUGCCCCGAUGGUCCCGAUGAAGGAAGACCAUGUGGUAAGAAAAGCCUGUCUAGCCCAUCUGGCAGGGACAGGGAAAACCUUCGGGGGAGAAAUAAAACUUCCUCUUCGGCAAGGCUUCCCCACAACUGAAAGCCUACUUAGGACAGGAAUGAGACCUGUAUCUUCAGCUUCAUCAGCAAUGGGUCCUACCAGUUCCAUAGGAGGUACGCCUCGGAGUCCAAUUUCCGUCAACGUCACCAUUUUAUUUCUAUUGUUUUCCAAGGAAUCUCGAUUUCCCUCACAACUCAAAAAUCUUUAGACCGCAAAGUCAAAGGCCGUGCAGAAGCAUGGGAGAUGUACGCAAAUGGCAACAAAGAAAAACUUUUAGCUGCCUUGGAAGAAGGAAAAAAGGUUCCUUGGGAAGUUUAUAGUGAGGUUAUUAAGUGUAUCAGAGCACUUGGGGGAGAAGUAAUGAGAGCUCCUUAUCAUCAGAGUUCUCAAUUAGGCUACCUUGAAAAUAAAAAAUUGGUAGGAGCUAUAAUGGGUAGCACUGAUUUGCUAUUUUACAACCCAGAAAAAGUAGUCAUUAAGCUUUAUCCGGAAACCAGGUGUUAUGAUUAUAUUUUAUCAAGCGAAAUUAUUGAGUAUGAGUAUGACACAACUUCUGAGAGUUUGACUUCAGCCUUUAUCCUUCAUGGAUAUUGGUUUGGUAAGAAAACCAUGAAAAACCAAAACUUAAAAGAAACUAUCAAAAAGCUUAAAAAUUCUGACUACAAAGCCCUAGCCCCUAAAGCUCAAGAUAAAGAGUAUUUGGAUAAUGUUCAUGCUUUAGUUAAUAGCAAAAUCGCUAUUGAAUAUUCACCUCCUGGCUUGUUUAUAAAGCCAGACCCGCUUUUAAACAAAUUAAUUCCAACUCGCUUCACAAAAGAAGUGUAUUUUGGGAUGGGAAUUAUCCCGCUUUCUCCUCAGCUUCUAACUACUGUUGCAAACCAAAAGCUGGUAGAGUUGCCCCCUUUUGCAGACUCAGAUUAUUAUAGAGAGCUGUUAAGAAAGCUAAAACCGCUUACUCCUUUGGUUAGAGAGCAAAAUCAUUAAAAAAAUCCCUAUAUUUUGAGCAAAAUAUUUUUUAAUAAAAUUUUUUGUAAAAAAUAUAUUUUAUAUAUAAUUAAUAAUUAUAAUAAUGAAAAAAUAUUCUAUAAACUUUAUAGAUUUUUCAUUCAAAUAGUGCAAAAACUCUUUCUUGCUGAACAUAGGGAGAGUUAGAAAGAAAACAAUUUCAUUAUUUAUAGAAAAUCUCCCUGCAGAAUACUCACAGACGAAUAUUCAAGUUCUUUAUUGGUUCAAUCAAAAUAUGCCAUAUUUACUACCUUACGAAAAAAUUGACCAACUUAUUUUUAACUUUUCUAAUGCCGAUUUAGAAGCUGAGCUUAGCAGACAAAGAAAGAAUAUGCCUGAUUUACAGUUUUGCUUGAAGUGGCAUUAUGAUUCGCAUGGAGAAACCGAGCCAAAAAUCCAAAGCCCAAUUGGAAAUGAAGAGACAAAUCUUGAAGGCACAAAUAUGAUUAUUGCCAAAGUGAUAUUUAAGUGUUUGGAAAAUGCAGGAUAUAUUUCGAGCACUGGGAAACCUAUGCUUUUUGGAAAAGCACUAAUGCAAUGUAGCCCUGAAUGGCAAACCCAAGCUUUUUACUUGCAGGAAUUACUGAAAUUUGGGAUACUGAAUGGAAGAACACUAGGACAAACAGAGUCAAAAUAUUUAGAUAACGAUGCUUUUACCAAACUAGUGCUGAUUCCAGUAGAAAAUGACGAUUUAAGACAUCAAAUAAGACUGAUCUCCAGAGUUUUUUCUUUGAUUCAGCCUAACCUUAAAGAUGAGCCAUGGACAGGAACAAUUGACUAUGACUUGUCUCAGUUCCAAGCCUUAGUGAAAUUAAUCACAAUGACUUAUCAAACCCUUGGCGAAGUACUACUGCUGAGAGAAUAUUUAUCAGGAAGAAUUGGCUAUUCAAAAGCACUCAUUACUGCAGGAGAAUCAUUGCCUUUUGGCUGCCACUCAAAUAUUGGAUUGGGAAUUGCAAUCAAAAAAUUGCUGUUGGGAGAAUCUAUCGACCAGAUUAGAGAGCAGAUGCCACAAAUGGCUGAUUUGGAACUAGACUUUAGAAGGGGCUGGCAUUUUUGGAAGAACCUACUAAAAAUAUUGAAGACUUUUGCUAAGUACCAGUCGUUCAGAGAUGAAAAUUUCUUCAAUGAAAUUCUUCAAGCAAGUAAGCUUCUCAAAAGCACACUAAUUAGAGCUAGAAUUCCUGUUAAUUAA